UUCUGAUACGGAGAAACCAAUUGAUGGUGAACUUAUUGAAGAUUCAUGGCUGCAUUAGUUAGCCAUGCGAUGCGACGAUAUCCUUUGUCACCACCAGAUGGCGUGUUCUCUUAUAAUUUAAGAAACGAUAACACUCCCUGGUCACCAACACCAGAAGACGGAGAAAGUGCUCUAUCCCGAUCGAUGCGUUAUGCAGACCCAUGGCUUUAUGGCAGCGUUCGAGGAGCUCCACCUGGACCCCUUGUUCUCACGCCCGCCUUCGUCAUAUGUUCCUGUUCUGAUUAUCUCAACGGCACGAAGAGAAAUGGGACGAAGAAGGGGCCUACGAUAUGCAAAAAGUGUAAAGGAACAAGGGUGACAUUGGCGCAAGGAAAUGGAGAUACCAAGUUUGGUACCGUUCGUUGCUACUCCACAACAACUUCGAGCAAUUUGAAAUCCGCCAACACGAACAGUCAGAUCAGGGCAGGAACAGUCCGUGUAACAUCAUCCUCAAGACCAUCCAUUUUGCCUGCCAACGCCGAUCCUUAUGACCUAAUGAGAAGAUCCAGACUGAAUUCCACCACCGAAAUAUCUUUACCUGUUAGAGGACGUAGUGUCUCACCGACCAAAAGGAAUAGUGGAUUGACAGCUUCAGGGAGGCGUUCAAUCCUGGAAUGCAACAUCAACCCUUACGAACUGAUGUCCACGGAAGCAGAACAGCCGGCACAGGACAGCAGUAUAACUUUUGUCAAUGGUCAGAGAAUAAGAAUAAGGCCACCGGCUCCAGAACCGGAUUACGAGGACGUGGAAGAAAACCCGUCUCCAGAAAAGUAUCCAGCCGAUUAUACAACAAAUGAUCCGGUCGACAAUGCCUCUAAACUGUCCAGACCUAAACCCAAUCGAAUUGCACCUGAUCCACCACCAGUCUCUCCUCUAGGAAAAGAGUUUGAUAGAGGCAGCCCCUUCAAGUCGAUUCUGAAGAAGUCGUCACGUUCUAGUGAAUCAAAAAUGCUUACAUAUUCUGGACGAACGAAGGCAGGUUCACAUUUUUAUCUCCCCUUGCCCAAUUCGACAAGGAAAAAGGUGCAGUUUCUUGUUGAGCAUUCAGAUUAUGGUGAAAAUUCGAAUGAAGUUGUCGACGAUAAACCUUCAAGCCUUGAAGUUCAAGAAUCUCAAGAAACUAAAGAGAUAGAACGUUUCGAGGAAGAGAACGAAGAGUUUUCGAAUUCGGAUGAUAACGAGCACAAAGUUUGUACUUUGCGCCGGAGUACCAGCGAAAGAUUCAAGGUAGAACCUAAAAAGGUAGUUUUCCUCGACACAAUGGCUAUCCGAGUGAAGCCAUCACGUGGAGAUUCACGUGAAACCUUCAACAAUUGUGAUCUGCAAAAACUAGAUGGUUUGGUACCUAAGCGAAAAUUGAGCCCAAGACCCAAAGAGCCACCUCCUCUUCCUCCACCAUUAGAACAAGAUGCUGGUUCGAUUGAAAACUCUCCUAGUAUGGUCAAGGCGACGACACCUGAAGAAAUUAAAAGUAAUGAAUUGCUACAACCUCUAACUCCUCCUAAGAGAGAACCAAAACGAACUAUACAAAGAAAAGUUUCUGAAGAAAACACCGAAAUGAUACCAGAAAAAAGAGCUGAAAUUAUGAAGGAGCAAGAAAAAAUACUUCCUGAAGAGAAUUGUGAAACAGAAAAAUUAGACAAUCACAAUUCUAAUUCAUCCAACAGUGAAUGUUUUGAGGAUUCACUCCUCAAGAAAAAUUCUACCAGUCUUCAAUCACCAAUAUCUGAAAAUAUUGAAUUGCCUUCUGGAUCUGAAAAACCUAUACUCCAGCAAAAAGCCAAAUCUGAGCGCAUUUUGAUGCAGGAUAACUCAAUUCUGAAAUCAGAUAUCAAAGAAAUCAGAGAAAAAUUUGAAAGCCCAAAAAAAAUUGAAAAAAUACCUCAAGCUCCUCCUCGUAAACGAAGUAACAAUAAACAACCAGCAAUGAAUAUUCAGAUCGUAACUGAAAUGCCCAAAAUAAAAGACGAUGUCAAGCAAAAUGAAAAUAUUCAGAAAAGAGAUGAUGAUGAUAAUGUAUUCUUGGAGGAAACUAUUGCAUUUUCAUCACAUAAGGAAAAUUUAAAUCCUUUUAUUUCUGAACAAGUAACUGCAGAAAUUCUUAGCAAUAAUAAGGGGGAAUUAGAAUAUAACCAACAACUUAAAAAAGAAGAUGAAGAUAAAUCUCAGGCUAUUAGUAGGAAAGAUGAAAUUUCUGGAUCAGUAUCUCCAAUAGCGGAUUAUAAUAAUAAAACUGUAGUUCAAAUCACACCUUCUUCUUCACCGGUACACAGAAUUCAGAUCAGGAAUGAAUUUCCAGAAAUUUCUAAUGUACAAACCAUCACAAUAUCAGAGAAUACACAAAGAAAAACUUCCAUAAUGAUCAAUGGAGAUGACUGUUACUCCACAGUCAACGUGAACGAUGACGUCCCGAUUUAUCAGUCAUCGGUAGUUGUGACAGGGCACUGCUUAACAGAACACAGUCCUAUGAAUAAUAGAAGGAGUAGUUCUGUUUAUAUUACAGGAACAUUCGAAGAAGAAAAUUCUUCGAAAGCGAAACAUUUCUGCUUAACUGAAGCAGAGAACAACUCUAAAAACGAAUCCUAUAAUUGUACAUGUAGAAAUAGUUCCAUUGAAAACACCAAAGAAAAAGAGGAAAAUCAAGUUGUGGCGAAUGUAUUCGAUUCCAUAAACGACGUAAGGCCUGAUGAUAAAACUGAGAAAAAAGUUGACUGUUGUAUUAGACCUUCAACACCAGAUAUGUUGAGAGAGAUUCUCAGAGAUCCUGUUGAAGCAGUUAAGCGCAACCUAGUCCCUCAUAUCUGUGGAAAAUCAGAUCUGCAAAGGAGACCACGCGACUUAAAAUUGAAGAACUACUACCCGAUGAUAUCGCUGAAAGAAUCAGAAACAAUAUGUCUCAAAGAAAAUCCGUCCAAAGAUGAGAGAUCCCCACUUCGACCUUGGAAUUUCGACUCUCUCAUGGAAGACGAUAAGGAUGCCUGCUCUGAGCACAGUUCCUCAACUCAAUAUGAGUUCGUAGACCCCGGUUCUGACUGCUACACUGACCACAGCAAUAGGAGUUCCGUGACUGAAGAAGAGCUGUCAAACAGAACAAAAUUUUAUGAGCUUCUCGCUGAUUCAGCACUACUGGAAGUUUCGGAAAAUGAGGAUCAUCAUUACGAAUGCAUCAACAGAAAUGAUAACGAUCCGAUUUAUGAAGAAAUUGAAAUUCCACCUCCUCUUCCAUCUAACCCUCCACCUAUAAAUUUAUUGGAUGAUCUGAAGUUGGAUAAAGAGUUCACUACUAGGUCUAUUUUCGAAGGUGCCUCGAAAUACGACAUACUCAGUUAUUUAGUCGAUGCCAAAGAGAGGGGUUUAGUUCUAGAGGAUUCCUACACCUUCUCCAGUAUAGCUGAUGAUUCGAAGGAAUCUAGUCCCAAAAUAUGUCAUAUAAAUAGCGCUAGCGAUCUCAGUGAAGACAACUCAUUAGUUAUCUCAGGAUCUCUCGAUGAAAAAAAUCAAUUCUCCAAAUCUUCAGAAGUUGAAAGGAAUGACUCGGGAGUAGGUUCAGAAACAAGCAAGAGCUCUCUGAGUAAAUACAGGUUGAAACCAAUAGCUUCUUCACUAUGUGAAGAUUGUGAAACACGCCUUGAGAAUUUAGAUGAAGAUGACCAAAUGCUCUGCCGAAAAUGUUCCAAAAAGAGGAGUGAAAGGAAGGAGAUAAUUAUGGAAAUCGUUGAAACUGAAGAGAAAUAUAGUAAGGACCUUCAAAUUAUUUUGGAGGAAUUCUACCAACCAAUGCUCGUUGCUGGUUUACUCACGCCUGAGCAAUUGUCUACUAUAUUCUUGAACGCUGAGGAACUUUUAGAAAACAGCCAGUCUUUAGCUGAAAGGCUACGAGAUGCUGUGGAAAUAGCGGUAGAACAGGGCGAUGAGGAUUUAUUGACUGUCAAUAUUGGAAAAUUGUUCCUAGAAGCUGCUCCCAUGCUUCAUGCCUUCGAGACGUAUUGCGUGAGGCAGGGUCCAGCAAGCCUACUCCUUGCAAGUCUCGAAAAAGAGAAAGAACUGUUGAGAAUAUUUCUACGUGUUUCUCAAAUGGAAAACACAUUACUGCGAAGAAUGAACUUGAAUUCGUUCCUUAUGGUACCAGUGCAGAGAGUUACUAAGUAUCCCCUUUUACUUGCCAGACUAUACAAGGUCACUCCUAAUCAUAACGAAGUCAGGGAACAACUCAAAGAAGCACAACAUAAAAUAGAACUCCAUUUGAAUCACAUGAAUUCGCAAACGAAGGAUGUACCGAGUAAGUUAUGGAGAAGAAUUGGAAGUAGUUCAGGAAGAAGGCCAAGUACCGAGAUGGAUUUGGUGAAUAUAAAAUUGAGAAAAAUUGCUGUUGACGUAUUAGAAUGGAACCAUGAGGAAGCCAAGUUUGCGUUGGAGGGAAAAUUGUGGUUUACACAACCAACAGACAACAAUUGGAGGAAGGGCAGAACUAUAAAAUUAUCUCCUGUAAAUGCAUUGCUGGUUAUCAACGGAAAGUUAGCAAAUACCAGUAAAUCAGAACGAGAAGAAAAUGCCCUGAUAUUUCCUAAACAUUCUCCGACCAGAGAAGCAGCUCUUCUUCUUGUUAGAGACAAGAAUGGUCGCUAUUCUCUACUAAGAGACCCAUUAUAUCUUGACCGUUGUGUCAUUGCUUCAGAUCCUGCCUGGCAAAGUUAUUUUGAGGUGCAGGAAUUGCUCGGGAAAGAUACAUUCAUUUUCAAGGCUGAAGAUGAGGAGCAGACGAAGAUAUGGUACCAGCAGCUGCAAUUCCAUGCCCAGGGUAUGGGUUCUUGGAGAAAACGACGAAACGCACUUGCCAAUAUAAUGAUGAACGGAAUGGGUCUCAGACUGUGAAAAUAUAAAGAAAAAUAUAUAAUUUAUUUUUACUUGUUCGAAUAGUAUCCAAUACAAAGCUUUAAUUCGACUUGUAAGACGAUGAACUUCAAUUGAUCCCAUCCAUGUUAUUUCAAACACUGAUAAUAAUAGUAAUUUAGCUGUGAUAUUUUCUGGAAAUGGGUUUAUGGGCGUAUAUAUAUAUAUAUAUAAAUAAAUAAAUAAAUAAUUUUAAUAUUAUCUUUUUAGCUUUUUAUAACUAUUUAAUGUAUUUUAUUGCAGUAACUAUGUAUACUUGUAUAGUACCUAUUUGAAAUAAAUAUCCAAGAAAUAUUUCACUU